ACAGCACCAUUACGAAAACACAAGCGCAUAAAUGUCUCGCCGCGAUAUUUUCUUGAGAAAUGACUUCUACAAAUGACGGAAAAGAAGUGAAAAGUAAUCAAACGAAUAGCCAAAAGGGAAAAUCAUAUUAUAUUGCACUUUACAAGUCGCUGGACUCGCGCCUCUGCGGCGAUUGUACGGGCGUUGCGCGGACGCAUUGUGUUUGCGAGGCCUGGCGGCGGAUCCACAGCCUCUGCAGCCACUGUGCACCAGCGACACACCCCCACUUGCUGUCAUGGCUUCAGCGGCACACUGCUUCCACUGUCCUACAGACGGAAUGGACAAAAUGCGAAGAUCAACAUGCACUAUUAGCAGAAGCAAUAGAUGCCUUUUUAGAAGACUGCUCCACGGCCAUAUCUAAGCGUAAUGGGGUGGCAAAGUAUUGGGAGCAACAGCUCCAAACUCGUGCUCACUGGUUUAAAUCAAUUUUGCCAAAUCCUUGGGGACAUCCAGUUCUGAAGGCUUUGCUUGACAGUGAGCAGUCACCAAGUGACAAACAAAUUCUAGAAUGGCUAAAAGAAGAGCGGGGUGUGAUGUUUGUGACGCGGCUGCGUCAGAUGGCAGCGUUAAAAUCUUGUGUCGAUCUCGCGUUACGUCUUGCAACUGCAGUUAUGCAGCGCACGCGUCUUUGUACACGACGAAUUCCUGAUAUUGAACAAAUUGAGUCCCAAAAGGAAUCUGCAGAACAUGUUUCUGAAGACUCAUUUGCUGGGGUCCUGAACAAUGAUGCCGGCUUCACACCUGAAAUCUGGGAAUUUCUUACUGAUUUAGAGUUUGUGCUUUUGCACAAAGCCACACAGCGGUCAACUUGUAUUGACUUGGCUAAACAAGUGCCAUUUCGUAAGGCUUGCCAGUUGGUGGAGCGGCUUCAAAAUCGUCCAAAUAUUUCACCUACAGAGAAAAAGCUAUGGAAAAACGCCAAAGAAGUAGCGUUGCUUAUUGCACAGGUGGUAAUAACACGUUGUAUGGUUGUACCUACAUGUCGCGGGGCGGUUUUGAUGGCCCUAUACGGAUGUUCGCGCUCUAUAGUGCGGCUGAUGACAGAAGAUCAGCUAGGCGCAGCAAGCGUCGCUCUAGCCGCACCAGCUGCCACAGCGCACCAUUUACAUACUAUGGCUGCGGCUGUUCACAAACAGUUACAAGGUGAAAGGACACAGUUCACGUGUCAGCUUUACGUUCGUGCCAUCACCGCCGGCAUGAAUGAGCUGGAAAAACUUAAACUUGACAAGAAUAAGUCUGCUGAGGCGAGGUUUACGGAAAAGACUCUCGCAACUUGGUUCAAGAAUCUCGGGACGCUCUUGUGCCAGAGCAGUCGGCUUAAGUAUGAAUGCGUAUUGACGGCGUUCUCAGUACACCCGUCGCCUGGAAUGUAUGAGGAGGUUAAGAAUGCACCUCAUUUGGAACCUAUCAAGGAAUUACAAGAACCAAAUCAUGAGUCCACAUCAGAGUUUGGGAGCUGGGCAACUGAUAGUCGAACACAGACUAACUUUGUCAAGACCUCGGAGACCUUAAACCUCAAGAAGACUCAGAAACAAGCAAAUGUGCUUUCUAUUGCCAUAUUCUCUGAGGGUGAAUCGUUAGGGUUGGGAUCAGAAUUGUGUAACGAUUUGGCAGUACUACUCUCGGGGCCAAGAGUAAAAACUCUUACUUGGGACAUGGAACGGGAGGCACUUUUAGAUAACUGCAAAACUUACAUGAGGAAGACUGACUUUGGUACCCGAGCGCUGUCAACUGAACUCAAGUAUCUGAACCUUGAUCCACGUUCGUUCCAGCAUCUGCCUGAAGAGGACGAAAAUGAAGAUGAUAUAUAUUACGGCAUUGAAAAAGGCUAUGAGCAUUUGGUUGAGUUACAAGAUCCAAUCACAGAUACCAUGCCACCUGAAAUUUGGCAAAACGUAUUUUACGAAAGUCCUUCGCAAAGUAGUGACGAUUCUAUUACAAAACGACCAAAAAAGGAAAGAAAAAAGAAGAAGAAAAAGAAUGGUACUAAUUUAGCUGAAGAUCCACUUAAACUUGAUAGUGAAAUUGAUUCUAUUACCUGCACGGAGACAUUUGACUUAAAGAUAAUUCAAGAAGAUAGGGACUGCAAUGAAGAUAUUAAUAAAGUUUACAAUGAUGACAAAGUAGAGCCAGAGAUAACAACUAAAAGAGGCAAAAAAGGCGGAAAACAGGAAAAGAAAUUAAAAGAUACAGAAAAGGAUUUCUCAAAUGACACAAGCAGGCAAGAAUCUAAAAAAGAUAUUGUCAAAAAAACUGCUUUACGAAAAUUUCUGUCCAUGAAGGUAGCUAGAAAAAAUAGUGAUCUCCGAAGACUAAUUGCAAACACAGAAAGAAUGAUGUUUCCAACCCGAACUGCUGAAAGCAGAGAUAAAAUGUUAACUAGUAACACAUCAGAGAAGGCUGACGUUGUAAGUAAUAUUUCAGAAAAAUCUGAGGUUGUAUUUGAUGGCCUGUAUUCUUUAGACGACAUGAGUUUCCAAGAAACACAAAACCAAGGAAUUAAGUUAAAGGAUGAAACUAAAGCUAACAGACUGCUAACGCAACCAAUUACCACUGAAGACACAGGAGCAAAGCAAAAUAUAGCGUGUGAGGAUUUGAAAAAUAAUAUUAAAAAACUUAUCAAUUUUAGACGCAAUAACUUUGUUACCAUAAAACCGAAUGCAGAUCAACAGGGAUCUAGUAUUAAACCUACAUGUGUUAUAAAGGGUCAAACUGGACAAAACAUCGAAAAUGUACCGAGCUCGUCGUACGACAAAAUCAAUUACAAACUUAAGAACUGUAGCAUGCCAGUCUCUAAUGCACAUGCGGCCCCUAAAUUAGUAAAUACGCCUCUUAAAACCAACACCCCAAAAAGCGCCUACAAAACACCAGGCCAACAAGCCUAUGAAGAAUUUGUGAAGUCUUAUGAAACAAAAUUACUAAACACAACUCAGCCACCACAGCCACUUUCUUCCACAGGUGAACGUCAAUUUCAGGAAUUUCUUAAGAGAUACAACAAUGAUUAUUCAUGUGCUAGUGUACCUAUGCAAUCCUUAAAAUAUAAUAAUCCAACGCAACAUAUUUUUGAAGAGAGUGGUUCAAAAUAUCAAAAAACAGAUAACUUUUCAAGCUGUGGUGUAUCUCAAUCUAACACUCCUGCAUCAAGAAACAUACAUUCAACAACUGAAGAUGAUCCUACGCAAGAGCAUAUUGAAGAAUUCUUAAAAGAACUACAAGAGAGUAUAAAUCCAGCCACAACAUCCAAACAAAAAUUUGACAUUAAAAACGCAAGUGGUUCUCCCAAAAUAGCCAAGGUGCCUAAAAAGGCAGAAAAUGUACCAAAUACCUUUUCUCGUCUGAGUUAUCUUCAUAAAAACAAGCAUUUCGAAAAUAAUUUAAAGCCUGAAGGAGAGAAUAAGACACAAAUACCUAAUGUAACUAACCUAACUUCGAUGUUACCACAUCACCUUCAACAUAAAGGGCAAAUACAAUUAAGUAAAAUCAGGAAAAAGAGCAAUGUAACGGAUUUGAUUCUACAAGAAAAUGAAAAGGCGACAGAUACAUUGAAACCUCAGAAUCACACACAUAUUAACACUAAGUAUAAUGAUAUGAGUUUUCAAAAUGUUACGAAAGCACAAACAAGAGCCUCAACAAUGUUGUCCGAAAAAGAUCAAACUGAUCUAUUACAGUUACUUAAGCAAAAGAGUAAACUUAAUCGUUCAAAUACUGUAAUAAAUGCUUUACCAAAAUUUUGCGUUGCCGAUACAGUGGCCCAAACCAAUACAUGGGUGAAUACUUCGAAUAUUGUUGCCAUUCAAACACCAAAGAUGGAAUCGGUUGUAGCACAAAACAAAAAUGUUUGCAAAAACAAUUAUACAAACAAAAUAGGAUCAUUAGUCGUUCAAAACCCAGUCAAUGAUCGUUUUGGUGAAACUAGAAAAAAUAAUGUUAUUAUUCAAACACCAUACUCUACUUAUACAACCACCUAUCAGUCGGUUCAAUUAAAAGACAGUGAACAAGAAAUAUGUAAAUUACCAAAUACGAGUGUGACUCAUAAUCCUGUUGAAACAACUAUUAACAAGUCAAGCCAAUUCAUGAAAACACAGGAAAACAAGGCUCUAGAGAUUAAAACAGAUUGCUGCUUGCAAUCAGUUAAUGCUAAACCCCAACCUUGUGUCAAAGUAAAUUCUGUACCGAAGAAACAAUGUACAAGUUCUCGCAAAAGGAGCAAAUCAAACCAAAAUAAAAAAUCCGAUAAACCGGCUACAAAAACUUGGGAAAGUGUUUUUGAUGAUCUUUUUAAACACAAAACUCCAAAUCGCGGGCCAAAUGCGCUUGAAAUAGCACUUCAGAAAAUCAAUGUAAGUAAGGAGAUUACGCCACAAUCGACACACAAGAACACAGUUAAAGCAAAUCAACAUGUUAAUAUAAACAUUAACAGUGAUCCUAAUCAAGGAAAGAAACAUAAUAGCGCAUACUUCGGUGCAGAAGUAGGAAACACUUCAAAGGUACUCGAAAAUAAAAACUUUGUAGAAAUACAUCCCGUAGAAAAUGAUCCUUUUAUAUCUGGAAUUCCGAAUUCUGAUUACGAUUUAUUGGAUGAACUUAUGGAUGACGAUCUACGUCAGGAAAUCGGUGAAUUAUCUGACGAUGACACGUAUGGUCCUAAUAGACUUUAUACACCAACGGAGAAAGUUUAUAUUGGAAAUUCAGGGAAUUUAAUGCUGAAACAAGGUGCAGGGCAAACAUCACAAUUAAAAGCCGAAACCAUUGGAAGACAAAAGAUGAAUACUUUUAAUAAAUUAAAAAGCAUAACUCAAACGGAGAAAACUACCAUAGAAGACAAACCAGUUUCGUCGCAAACAUCUCAAUUAAGACCAGAAACAAUUGAAAAACAUAAGAUAUUAACUUCAACUAACCCAAAAGACGUAUCACCAACAGAGAAAGAUAAUAUAGGAAAGUCAAGUACUUUAAUAGAAAAUGUAAUAUCGCCACAAUCUCAAUUAAAAGUCGAAACUAUUGGAAAACAAAAAAUUCCUUUGAAUAUCUCAAAAACCGUGAUUACUAAACACAGCGCACUAAAUAAUCAACCCUGUAUUAUUUCGAAUGUCUUGAUUAAUACAUCAAAACGUAUUAAUAAAGUUAUAUAUAACAAGGAACAUACAAAUAACGAAAAUUGUAUUUUGGUAAAUUCGCAGUUAAAGACGGAAUUUAACGACAGACUGGUAACACAUACUGAUAAAUCUAAAAAUUUAACUACAUCGACUGUGACGAAAUCAAAAAAACUUACAUCUUUAUCACAGAAUAUUACUAGUUCAGCCGAUUUAUCAUCAGCCUUUCAAUCAAAAACUUCGUCAGUGAAGACGCCCCCGCCAAUUUUGUCGAACUCUUCAGUUCAACCAACAUAUAAUUCCAGUCCAGUUCUACAAGCAAAUAAUUUAAAAGAUAUGAUUGGGAAAUCAUUAUCAAUUACUGCCACGUCUGAGAGUGAUAAUUCAGUACUGAAAAGUUCUGAUUUCCUGUCAAAAACUCUUAAAACAUUACCUGGGAUAGUUAUAUCAUCAGUUGAAGUACCAACAAAUUAUAAUAAACCUGAUAAUACAACCCAAAUCGCCCAAAACACAGUAAUUGUAACGGCGACUACUGUCCCAAUAGCACAAGAAUUGGCAACUCUAAAAGGAAAUUUCGCACACGACCUGCCUUCUCCACAUGCAAAACAACCCUAUUCUACAAAUUCCUGUAAGCUUUCUUAUCCGACCGUAUUAGGAUCUACUGUCAUCAAACCGGUCAUUAAGGAAUUGGGCGUAGAAACGAGAACUGAAAAAAAAGAGGCUUCGAUGGUGAAAAAUCAAAUUGUAAUAAAUAAAAGUGUUAUUGUAUCGCAGGCACUACAAGCUAAAACUACAAAUACGAAUGUUAAAUGCAGCCGAGACGAUCAGUGUGAUAAUAAUUUACCAUUAAUUAAUAGCUGCAUAACAAAAACUAGUCCAAAAGACAACUCUAACUUGAUUACUAUUAAGACAUUAUGUCGUCCUAAUAACCAAGAAAUAUGUGAGUUGAACGAAAAAUUAUCUAUAAAAGAAAACUGUGAAACAUCUGUUUGUCACGACACAAAUUGUUCUAAAUCCGAAAAUGAAAUUGAACGAAAAAAAAGAAAACGAUUGUCAUUAUUUAAUAGACGAAUUGAACAGUACUCAACUUUAUCGCCAAUUCCACUGCCUUACAAAUCGUUAAAUGUUAUAAAAACAGCUGAGACAAUAACACAAGAAGAAGUAAUUAAACUCGUGAGUCAUGGAACGUCUUUAGAUAAUAGUGAUCUAAGCGAAUUGACAUCUCCGUGUGUUCUUAAAACUGUAGAAGAGGCAAAGAAAGGAGAAACUGAAAAACAAAUAGAAAAACCUGUAGUUGCCGAUACUUUAAGUGACGAGAAUACAUUAAUCGGAAAUACUACAGAAGAAAUGGAAAGAAUUGAGACGCCGACUACAAAAUCAACUUUUGUUAAAGAUUGUGUAAGUGAUGUAACAACAUCGAACCUCGAAAAUAAUAAGUCCGACAUAAAAUCAAUCAAAGAUACUACUGCUGACGGUACUAAACAAUUGGAUGGAAAUAACAUAGACAGUUCAUUAACAUGUAUACAAAAAUUGUCUAGUGGAAGUAUAAUUAGGGAUAUUGAUAAUAAUGACACAACGUUAAAAUCUAAAACACCUAUAGAUAGCACGAAUUAUUGUAAAGAAAGAGUAAACAAAAAUGGCAACGAUACAAAACUGUCACUGUCUCUGAAACCUUCAAAUAAAUUGGCUUCCGUAGUUGAAGAUUCUAUUAGUUUUGUCGAAUUGCCAAGAAAACCAAAUGAUGAUCCUACAAAGCGUAAAAUUAGAAUAAAAGCUAAUGGAACAACGCUAACAGCUACCAUAUGUGGUCAUUUAGAUGUUAACAUCGAUUCAAUGUUUUCCGAACCGGACAUAAGAAAUCUUGUACUUCGAAAUAGUAUUACUAAAACGGCAUGUACAAUUAAUGUUAAGCAAAGAACAAUUACUGAGAAGACAAAAUCAGAAAAGAAAACGAUUGUAAAUACGAUCUUAUAUCCACCUGCUGUUAGAUCUGUGAAUUCAGAGGUAAUAGAUCUGGUUUCUGAAGAUGAAUCUGAAGAAAUAAAUGAAGUGGUUUUUAAAACUGAAUUUGGUGAUUUUGCGUCGAAAUUUACGGAAAAUGACAAAUUUCUAAAACAUCAAACCAAGUUAUCCCAAAAAUGUACAGUUAAUAUAACAAGAUGUGAAUUUUUGGAAAAAGUCAUAGCAUCUAAAACUUUUGGUCACUCAUUAUCAAAAACAUUAGAUAAAGGCUAUCAAAGAGACAAAAAUAAUACAGAUGUUAUACAAAUAAAUGAUAGCUCAAAUGAUUCAAUCAUCGAAAUGAAUAAACCUCCCUCUAAAGAGAGCAUUUUAAAAUCUAAUUUAAUUGAUUUUGAUGUAUUGAGAAACUCCGUUAUAAAAGGUCUUAAAAAUAAUGAGUCAAUUUUUUUAAACAAGAAUAAUAUUCUUGACGAAAUUAAUAAAAUUAAUUGUAAACAAUCAAAACACGCUACUUUUAGUCGUAGUAAAAAAAAAUCUAAUGUACAAACACGAAGUAUUAUUAAGACGAAAAAAAAUGAAGUAAAGAAAUGCUUUGUUCCCCUCAUUAGAUGUGAUUAUAAUCACCAAACUUCGGAAUUUCCACAAUCUAAACACGACGAAGUGCCACCCUCAUGUAAAACUGAUUUGUCCAACCCUGAUAAUAACUGUACCCUAAGUAAAGAAUUACAAGUGCACUAUGACACAACAUGUACGUCACCUUAUACGAUGGAGCAGGAGACCCUAUUUAAUGUAAAAAGCCUUGAUAAUUAUGAACAAGAAUUGUUAAAUAAAAAAUCAAUUACUAUUACUACCGGGUCGAAUGAAAACAAUUGUACUAACUUGAUUGAAACGCAAAGUAUUUGUACCCAUAAAAGUUCCUUAUCAAUUGACCCUCCUAGUUCUUUUCUGUCUAACAAUUAUAAAAAUGCAUCUAGCCAAAUUGGAGAGGCAAUAACAGAAUCAGAUAAAGAACAUCUUCUUGUUGAAUCAUCUCGUGUUAGUGAUGAAGAAUUUACUAAACCAAAUUGUACUUCUGUGGAAUCAUUACAAAACAAUGAAUUACCUUCUGUUACACGUGAUUUUAAGUUACUUUCAAAUGUGACGGGUGCGAAAACUACUCUGAAAACAGUUACUCAUUUACCAAAGGAGUAUGAACUAAAAACUAAUUUACCCGCUUCUUAUCUGGAAAAACAAUACGAAAUUACCAAUUAUUUAAAAAAUGAUUUGGUAGCUAACAGUAAAGAAGCCCAAAAUGAAAACCCUGAAGUGCAAAAAAAUCACUCUGAUAUUUUACUUAAUAAAAAAGAUCAAAUUACUUCUACUAAAAUUGUAAAGUCGAUGUCGUCCCUAAACGAAGAGAAAUAUCAGAAAGUGGAAAUAGUAAACGCUGAAUCUAUAAAAGUCUGUAAAGACACGCCGAAUACUGAUACUUCGUAUGAAAAAACUGAGAAGGCUUUGACUUUUGACCUUAAUAAUCAAAUUAUUCCCAAUACCAUGACGAACAAGGAAUCGCUACUCGACGACGAAAAUAGAAUAAUACUUAAUCAGCCACAUACAGAAGACGAUAAAGACAUUGAAAUAAAUUCUAACAUUAAAGACCAAUUGAAAAGUGACGAUUAUUUAAGCAACAAUGAAAAGCUAAAUAUCAAUUUGAGACAAGAAAGGCUUCCGUUGCACUCAGAAUUACCUGACAUUGCUAUUGAGCUAAAAACUAAUAUUUCGAAUUCAAUGAAAUUAGACACAGAUAAAAUAAACUUUAUUACAAAAGGCCAAUCCAGUGAUGCGCCAACAAUUUUAGUUGAAGAAAAUCGACGGUUUCCAUCCAUUUCGGAAUAUCGUAGUCCAUUUUCAGUUAUAAAAGAUAAUACUGUGAAAUUGGACCAGCUACUUCCGCAAACCAGCUGCUGUGCAGAAUGGUACGAAACAAAACGAUCUCUUAAUAUACAACACAGUAACUUUAAUGUUGAUUAUAGAAAUAAAUUAAGUGGAAACAACAAUUCUACCGAAACCAGCGUUACCAUUUGUGAUACAGACUGGUUUUUAACUAAAUCUUUGAUUCAUGAUAAUUCAAAACCAAAUUUCAUGACACAAAGUUCGAGUACCUCUUAUACUGAAGAAGCCUUACAAAAACAAGGUAACAAUACUCCUGUCCUUAAUUUGGUAAAAAUUAUGACAAAUUAUUUUGUCAAAUCCGCCGUUAUUGAUUUUUCUGGUCCAGUUAUACCGCAAAUUGAAAAAUAUGGUAAUAGAAAAAGAAGAAUGAUUAAAAAUGAUUCCACGUCCGAUAAUAUUAUGAAAAAUGAACAAUUAUUAAAGAAAUCAAAGCACAUGAAUCCCAUCCAAAAUUGCCCAAUUUUUGAAAGCCGUGAUAUUGGAAAGAAAAACCUGGAAUCGAUGUCUGAUAAAUUUGUUACUAUAAACUCAAAUAUAGAGAACAAGCAACCUAUAAAAUGUUAUAUAAAUGAUACUCCAAUAUUUGAUAAGUUAAGUAUAGAAAGAUUUAUUCAAAAUGAGAAAAUGUACUGCUCUAAGUUUGAUGCCAGCAAUUGCGAUUCUGAACAUGAAAAUAAACGUAAAAAGGAAUCGCAAAAGAAAUGUAAUAAUAUUGAUAAAUCCUGUCAAGGAUGCUAUGUUAAAUUGGAAUAUAAACCCCAAAGAAAAGAUAUGUCUUUAAAGUCUAAUAACGAGAGUAGCUCAAACGCUAAAAAAUUCAACGAAGUUAAGAUAGAAAAGCCAAUGUUUUUAAACUUCAAUGGGAAAUGCGCUAAGGAGUCUUCUGAUUUACCUAAAAAAAAUAUCACUUUAUUAUAUAAACGCAAUGAUUCUGAUAUCCUAUUGGAGGGAUCCCUUUAUAAAGACCCCGUUAUUGGAACGUGUUAUUUAUUCCCCAUACCAUCCAUACAGCACCAUAUGAAAGAUAUUACUGAAGUCAAAUCGAUUGAUAAAGAAAUGAAUGUACCUAUUGAUGUUUCAAUUUUUGAGAGCAAUUUCAAUGUGUUGAAACCAAAAGUAACAUACAGUAAACAAGAAUUAAUUACAGAUCUAUAUUUAAAGAGAAAAAAGAAUCUUAAACGGAAAAAUUAUACUUUAGAUUACAAAUAUUCAAGCGAAAAGCGCUAUCGAAAGGGAAAAAACAUCAAUCAUCCAAUCACUCAUUCAACAAGCAACAAUUUUGCCUAUGUUAAGGAGUUUAAGGCAUUAUUUAAAUAUUGGGAAUCUAUAAAAUUUUCGUUUUCACGGCCAUUUCACAAUGAAAAUUUGAAUGUUAAUGAGUUACACAAAUCUUGGCCUGUUCACUGUGCAUUAAAUUUGUAUACUGAUACGUCCGAAGAUGAUAAUGCUUUAUUUCUUUUUCACGAUGAACCUUACUCUGAAAAUGACCCUCUGCGCCAAUCAUUAGCAGAAGAAAUAGCUUCUGAAGGUUUUGUAAACGAAUAUAAAUCAAUUGAAAUCAACGAAACUAAUUUUAGUAUGGGUUUUGGUGAGAGGUCCGACAGAGUCAUUCAACAGUAUGGAGAUCAAAAUACUCUUCAAGAAACUUCGGCUGCGGCUCUGUCGGACGUAAAACCUCAGCCGUUUUCAGGAUCCGAGUAUUCAUAUAUCAAAUUAAUGAAAAAUGAGAAGUUUCAAACCCAUGAAGACGAUAUUGAAGUAACUAAUCGUUUUCUUAAUUAUAUAAAACAAAAAAACAAGGUACGAUCAAUUUUUAAACAAACUAAUUUUGAAUUAAAUCUUGAAUGGAUGUCAUGUUAUAUUAAAGGAAAUGGCAAAGAGUGCGAGCAAUAUUCUGACGGUUUAAAUCCCUUUGAGGUUCAUAAUUUUGAUUUUUUCACAGUACCUUCCAUUGAAACUAUUGUGCAAGUUGUUCAAGUUGGACAGUUACCUGUCAGCGCUGCAGCUCAAAACCCAGUCACUUGCGAUCCUCGUGUCACUCAAGUAACUGAUGCGAGUCCGCCUCAGUGUUCAGCUGAAAACAGCCCGCGAGACGGUUCGCAACCAUCUGUUAAGACAGAAUAUACUGAAUUAACUACUGCUGAUUUAAGUUUACCCCUAGAAGAAUAUGAAAGGCAAAAUAAUCAGACGAUAAAUUUACUUUCCCAAGCCGAAAACAAUAAAAUAACGUUUUCAGACGAAAAUAUACCAAUAGAAAAAGAAGUCAAUUCCAUUGUGAAAAUUGAAAUUGCAGAAGAAAGUUUAGAGAAUGAAGAAGAAAUUGAAAAUGAAGAUAGUGAACUCCAAGAGAUAAUUAGCCAACACACUAAUAACAGAGAGUUUAGUUUUACAAACGAUUCUAGUACAGUCACCGAAUCCGAUGCUUUAUCUUUUCAGAAUUUAAAUGACACCGAACCGUUCUUGCAAAAUGAGGAUCGCAAUGAAAAAACUGAUCAAAUUGCACAUGCUAUGUCUGCGGCAGGUAUAACAACAAGCUCUGAACAAUUGCUUAGAAGUGAAUCCCAAACAAUAGAUAAUGCGAGACGCGAUAAGAUAAAUGAAGAAACAUCGAGCAUGUCUUUGCCUUCAAGUACGAAUUACUCUAAAGCGGCAUCAAUUAAUGCUAUAUCAUUGCAACAAGCAUUAGCUCAAAUUUUACCUCCUCCAUUGAAUAGAACAAAUACUUCUGAUAAUAGCCAACCAACUUCCAAUCAAGUUCUUCAUUUAAUUCAAGGAAAAAAUUCAAAUUCAGUGAAUCAACUUACAUUAAUGGAUAAUACCCAACAAUCUGUCCUAAGUGCAUCCAAUUCUACACCGGUAUUGCAUAUAGUUCAAAAUAAAGGACAAUCUAAUAGUAAUAAUAGCACGGGACAUUCGACGAAUUCUUUUAAUGGAUUGCCCAUAGUGGAUAGUAACAAUAUACAACAAGGUAGCAGCCAACUUCUUCACAUUGUGAAUACUAGUGGUCAGAAAACAAAUAACACGGGCCAACUCCUGAAAAGAGUUAACCUUUUGACUAAUUUAAGCAAUGUCCAAAGUGGUAAUGAACAAAAAAUGGUUCAAUUUGUUUGUAAAUCAGCAGAUGGUAAAUCGAUACAGCUAAAUGCGCCUCAUCAAAGAAGUAUGGUUUUACGAAUUCAACCCAUCGAAUCGUCUAAUAUUCAAAGUACAAAGGCAGUAGACAGUCAUAAUGAUGUAAAUGCAAAUGGAAAUGCAUCAAACGUCAAUGAAAAUACAAGUAGCCAACAAGAAAUUAAGUCUAGAUCUGUUUAUGAAGAAAAUUAUGCUAAGUUCAUUCAAAACUCCGGCAAAUCAACUAUAACUGAAAAGAGUACAAGUCUACCCAAGUUUAAUCAAGCCUUUGGAAAACAAGUAUUCCAAGAUGAAAACCAAAAAGUAUCUAAUACUGAAAAUCACUCGCAUUUGGCUGCAGUAAAUUCUUCUAACGAAGUGCCGGAAUGUCAAAAUGAAAACUCGAUAAGCUUAGACCAGAUAGGGCAUUUAAGUAAUCCACCUUUAUUGCUACGGAAGGCCACUCCCCAAUCGACAACGCAAACGCAAUCAACUCAAAGCUUGGUCACGCAAUUGAAACAAACCAUUACGCCCAUGAACUUACAAACUAUGCAGGGUGGUGUAAUUUACACGAGACAAAUCCCUGUAAAUAUCGGAGGUGGACAAACGAUUAACUUAAUCACAGUUCCUAGCACAGAACUUUUAGAUGAUUCUAAUCAAAAACAGCAUAACAAUUCAUCUGAAGUUGAGCCUUCUAUUAUAAAAAUUGUGUCCCAAAAUUCGACUCCGAAUUCCGAAGUGUCAUCAGAUGAAAGUAGGAGUCAAGCAACUAAUGAUACUUCUAAUCACCAACCCCAGCCUGUUUUAACACAGAUGCGAAUAAAGUUGCCGAUGCUCAGCAAACCAUCACAAAUGGUAUCAGGCGCAAGAGUGGUCCGCCCUUCUUUCUUCCAAAUUCAGCGGAAUGUCAUUGGAGGUGCAAACCAGCCAGUAUAUCAACAAUUAGUUUUAACAGCAGCCCCUCAACUAGGACAGCAAACAAUAAGACUACCUCAAUCUCAAACUAACAGGCUUAUUAAAAUCCCAGCUGAGAAUCCAAAUACUUCAGAGUCACAAAUGAGUUCUUCCACUUUGGAGCAACUUCGGGAAUUUGAUAUGGUCCUUGAACAAGUUAAAGAAAGAAGUACGGUUCAGCCCAACCAACCAAGUAGUAGUAACACCUUUAAUAAGGUACAGGUACACACACCAUCUACUGAAACUAAAGACACUUCCUCACACAGUACAUCUUCUACAGAGUCUACCCAUCAAGUUCUUUAUACUAUUGGCAAUAACUCGUCUUUUAACGUUGCCUACGUUAAUCGCAAAGCUACAGCUAACCCGCCUACCGUAACUACGUAUGUUCGAUCCCCUGAUUCUUCAAAUGUUAACGACUCUCCUUCAUCAUCCACGCCGACUUCAGUAUCGCAUACUGUAACUACUGAAUCUCAGCCAACUAAUGAACUAUCGUCAUCGCAGAAUCAACUCAAAGUUUCGAAGAUAAGUUCGAAAUCUAAAUCCAGGCCUAAACCUACCCCGAAUCCUUCAAGUUCUGUUAAAAUUAAUACAGUCCCCCCUAAACCUUCAACUCAAAAGCCAUUUGAAGACGAACAAACGACACAAAGGAUACUAUAUAUUUUAGCAGAAUACAAAGAGCAAGUAGAAAAUUCUCCUGAUAAAGAUAAGCCGGCACCGCGACGACGAUCAAAUCCACCAUCUAACCCCGGUUCUUCAAAGAGGAAGAAAAGUUCAAGUAGUUCUCGUCGUCCAGGUACACGUGACAUGAGUCCUGUUCACGGAGAAGACACAUGUAGAACUAUGGGGUCAGAAGAUAGCAGUUGUGGUACAUCGCAGGGUGACUAUACUGAAAAUUGCCUUGAUAGUCAUUCUCCUCAGGACAGCCCUCGAAAAGUUGUUAGGAAACUAUCCUUUGAGCCAGAAACUCCUGCGGCGCAACCGCGUCCCCAACCACAACGUAAUGUGAUAGUAGCCGACGGCCAGACUAUUACUGUUGCCCGUAAUAACACUGGUAAACCUACAACAGCAGUGUUAAUGCCAGCAAAUUACAUACUACCCGUUUCAAUGGUCAAAAGUGGUCAGCAGAUAGCAAUUGUUACCAAUCGAGGACCUAAAAUACUUACUGUCGGUGGAGGAGAGGGGGGUGGCAAUACUGUUUUACUACAGCGUCUUAUCGGGCCCGGAUUGAAACCGGUCUUGACUAGGCCUGGAGUCCGCCACGUCCGUUUACCUGCCGCCGCUCUUCAAAACCUACAAGCCUUUACCCUCGGCUCCACGGCCGGUCAGCAGGCCGAUGGCACAUCUUCGGUCGUACAUCCUAAUCCACCAGAGUUAAUCGACACUAGGGCCACGUCUUCUCCAUGGGCAGAACGAGAAAGCCAAGAUCCAAAACCAGAGAAACAAUCGAGCCCGGGAAGUACAGAACCGUGGAAUCUGGCAUCUCAUGACUACUCGUACGAGGAAAUCGUGAGAUCCGACAACAUGGAUCGAACUGUUCUUGACGCGAUCCCAGACAGAUACAGCCCCGAAAUGGAGGCGCAAAGGAUAUUUGAUAAGAUGUUCGACAUUGACUCCAAAAAGUCUUAUAUUUCUCAAGACGAUUCACCGCGGUGCGGUUACGAUAUCGAUGCGUCCGAUUGUGACGAUAAGCCAUUUCACCAGGUUGUACACAGAAAAGAUGGAACCACUCAACGUCACCAUAGGCUCGCUCAUGUGUCUUCGGCUGCCCUGAGACACAGAUAUGCAAUACUAGAGCAUGAAUUGCGAUUACAGAAAUCUCUCUCUGAAGAAUGUGAGGAUUUGGGCGUGGAUUCACCAUCAGCCUCGGAGUUGUUUCCUGAAGCUGAGCUGUUAUUUUCUUCCUCACCAGCUCACGAAGCGCCGCACCAUUCGCAUACACCACAACCAUUAAUAAACCAAGGUACGAUACCGCAACCAGACAUCGAUGACCAGAUUGCCACCGACCACUUGAUCAGUCAAAACGAAGUACCCGAUGAAGAGGAUCUCAACAUGGCGUUGGGUUUGGACAAUAUUGUCACCGUGAGUGCAGACGGCACAAUAACUCUGGACCCCCAAGAAUUUGCCAGAUCUCAUCCAAACACAACCUUCCAUAAGGAACCCACAGAUGAAUCCGAGCUACAGCCGUUUACGAUAGCCAACGUUAAAGGCCGACACAUGACAUCAACAAUAUUCCAUGCUUCUCGGGCUCCGGCCACAGUUCUAGUGACAGCACCACAAACUACAGUUAUCUCUCAAGCGGCACCCGACGGUGCAAUUCACAGCAACCUUAAAUAUUCUGACACGCCCUCUCAUAGCCAACAGGGCAGCAUACCAUCCGUACUCGUCAAAGACAACGGCGUCUCGAAGUUCGACUCCAUGUUAAACCGAGAACUACACCUCUCCAACACCGCAUCUACUAUCAUACACUCCGGCGCCACCCAGGUCAUACGCCGAGUCUGCUAUGACGACGAUAAACACGACCCCAGAUUCUUAGAAUCACAUGCAUUGAUAGGUGAGGACGCCAAAAUGGCAGAAGACUCUAGAGACGCAACAUUAGAAUCCAUGGCGGACGUUGACGAUGACCGAUCAUCUCCGGAACGAAACGAAAUGUUUUGGGAGUCCAAUUCAACAUCGGAACGCUCAGAGGGACGUCGGCCCUUGGACUUUAGCAGUGACAGCGACAAAUGCUGUAAAAGUCCCUUUGAGGAGACAAAUUCGACGGACUCCAGCGGCAUUGGCACUCAUGUAAUGAGGCUCGACUCCGUUAUAAAGGAUGCAAGAGGCAUAGAGCGAAGUGGCAGCGCCGACGGCUCUUCUGCGGAUGACACCCACCCGCCACUUAGGACCUACCCCCCUAAACGUUACCAUCCCCCGGAUGCUGAAGAGGAGAGGAGUACAUCGGGAAAGACCCGCGCCGGAGAAAGAUCCCCGGACAGUAUGGAAUCCAGACGGCGGGCUUCCAAUAGGGGUGUGGUCAAACGAGGCUGCCAUUGCUGCAACGGCUCCCCGGCGCCUUCCAAACCCAAAAAAUCGCGGCCAAGGAAACCGAACACGGAAUUUACCACUUAACUUGCCAUGCGCUAAAGUUUACCACUAGGGUUAUUUACCAUUUUAUUAACCCUAGUGAUAAACUGUAUAUUAGUUUAACGGUCUAGACUUAUUAAACACCUUUGGGCGUUGUGACGCCAGACUGAAUGCGAUCUCCGCCGAGGUAUAUAAAUGUAAAUGAUAGGUAUUGUUAAUUGUUUUGUAUAUAACAAUAAAAGUGGGACUACACUUAAUCUGUGCUGUGUGAUUUAUUUUGUUACGUUAAUUAUUUUAGACGGUUACAUUUCUGGGUCACCUGUCAGUUCAAACGUAUCUUUAUUUUGAUUUUAAAGUGUCUGAUUUUUUGGUUCAUGUAAAUUAUACAUAGUACUGCUAUAGCUGUAUAAAGAAUUAUUAAUAAGAUUAUUGAUUUAGUAAGCUUUUCCAUUAGUAUUAAUAACCAUACUCAAUACGUGUAUUUAAAGGUUUUUAGGCAUCUAGAUGUACUGAAUACCCCUUCUUAAUGCUAGACUGAUUUAGCUUAUGGCAAUCGGAUAUAAUUUUUACUAGUUUAAAUCGGUUACUUCCAAAUCAGCACAAAUUUGUUUCUCUGGUGCCAGUUCUGGCUUAAUACAGGCGUUCUUGAAGGGUGUUUACUGUAUAUUUAAAAAUUGUGGUAGAAUAUUAGCAUGAAUAUCUGUAUGUAAAUAAAACGUCACUGGAAACUACGGGGACGCUCUAGUCACUAAACAGUUAAAUAUAUUUCUCUAUGAGCGGCGGUCUUCGGUGUUUCCGAAUGGGCUUUAAGCCAUAUAACUUCAGUAUUUAACCGCGUGUAUAUAACGAUAUAAUGUUGGAGACAAGAGAAGUUUCGUGUAUUCUGUAUAUAAAAUUAAAGACUUAGUGAAAUUAGCGAUAUGGACGCAUCGGUCCGAUAGUAAAUUGUAAUUCAAAUGUUUCUGUGUACUCGGUCGAGUUGGAAUAUUCAUAGUUCGUUAUUUCGUGUAGAUUUAAGAUAGAUAGCGCCUCCGGUACAAAAGUGAUAGAUUGAUGACAUCUAAGGUACGGCGCCGGAGGUGUUUUCCAGUGUUUAUUAUUUUUUAUGACUUUUGGAUACAAUUUAUUUCCUUAAAAAAAAUAUUCUGACGUACUUCUUUAAGAGUUUGAAUGUUUUAUAUCCCGUAGCGUUGUUAUUGUUUAAUAUUGUAGGUUAGAACCUCCGAUAUUCCUCCAAUAUAGUAUUGCGGAAGCGAUUUUUGUUAUAUUUUUCACUUGGAAGUUUUAUUAGAUGUAAAGGACUUACCAUUUAAGAAGUUGUCUUUAUUUUAUAAUUCACUGGAAAUGUGUUUUGUGAUGAUGUAAACGUACUUUAAAAAGUACUACAGAAAAUGAUCAUUAAAACUUAUCUAUUAAAGAUUA